CCGGAAGUAUCUCAGGGUCGGGCCGUUCAGUGCCUGCGCGAGCUGGCUCGUGGGAUUGAUGCCUUAGAUGAGUAGAAGGUCCUGACUGAUGGCAGUAGCAGAGACAUGGGUGAAAAUCAGCAGUUACAUCAGAUGGGAAAGGAACUGGCAAUGGUGCCAUUACAUGGAUUAUGCAAGAUUGUGUGGCACUGUCAGGCAAUAUUGUAAUGUUCUCUCAGAAGUUGCUAUGCGCAAACAACAAACAUUGGACAGGAUAGGUGAGACCAUUCCACAUAUUAAGUGGACUGAUCUUACUGCCACCAAAGAAAGCCAAAUGUCUGUGGGUCAGGAGAGUGAGUUAUCAGAUGAGGGACUCUCAUUGAGGACUGAGUCUAAGGACAAAGUGACCCCAGAUGUGUUUCUUGAUCCACCACAAGAUCAGGCAGAAGUUAUAAAAGAUUACAGCAAGCAGAACUCACCAAAAAAUGAAUCAGACUCAGACCAGAUGAGUCAUCUUGAAAACCAGACUAUUGAAGAUAAAUUAGUCCCUUUUCAAGAGAACACAAGGAGUCUACCAACAAACAUGCAGCUGAUAACCAAGAUAGAGUCUGAUAAUGCUACGACAGAAGCUUGUGCGGUAACAACCAAAGCUGCAAACAUUGCCAACAUCUCAUCCAAUGAUUUUCUAGAGAAUACGGUUCAACGACAAUCUAUUUUAAAUAAAGGUUUUCAUAAUGACAAACUACCGUCACCUGGUGGAUGCAAUCACACAAGCAAGGAGUUGUGUAUUGAGAAUAAAACACAGGUUGUUGAUGUGGCACAUGCAAGAGGGAGUAAACUUAGGAUGGACCUAAAUACAAACAAAGAAAAAUUAGAAUAUAGUAAAGACUGCAUUGAAGAUUAUGAAACACAAAUUUUAUGUAAUGUAAGAGAGCAGAGUCUUGAUAUCGGAAGGAACAUUGCAGUGACAAGUUCUUUGGGACAAUAUGAAGAAGACAUGGUCUUAGAUUUAAGCCUACCAAAAAAGAAAGACCGAAAUAAGGAGAGGAAGUGUGAAUGGGUUGUAGACCCUGAAUAUGAAGGUUCACUUCAUAUGGAAGUUGAUGAAAUUGAGGAGGAGCCUCAACAUGUCGAAGUGGAGCAGGAGGACGACAAUGAAAUUUGCUGCAUUUCAUCAGUAAGUGAUGCUCAUGCAUAUCUGCCUCAGCAUUGGGAUGGACAUCUUUCCUCCUCUUCGCUUGAAGCCAUGGCAACUACAUCGUAUCCCAACAUUAUAACCCCAGAUCCAAUGGAUACACUACUUAUAGAUGACCAGGGCAUUCCUUACACACUUACUGCAGAUGGACAGAAAGUUCCACAAAUUGAUAAUAUACAACACACCGAGGGCCUCUAUAAACAAACAGAUCUAAGCCCAGGACAAGCUGAAGAUAAGCCCUCAUUCAUUGCUGAUGUACAGGAUAUUGCAGACUCAAGAAUACAGACACUACCCAAUUCACUGUGUCCAAAUAUGUCUAUAGGCCAUGUCUCGGUGGAAACAUCACAAGUUGCCCCAAACCAGGAGCCAAAAUCUUCUUACAGUUCUGUAGCUCUUGAUAAACCCUCCAUCAUACCUGCCAUGUCUGACUUGGCAUCAGUUCCCAUUCAGAUUGUGGCUAAUACUACAGGGUCAAACACCUCCAUUCUUCUUCUUCCUCCAUCUCAGCUUCAGUCUCUUUCCUCACCGGCCUCUAAAGCUAACCCAGGGCUAAUUACCCUUUCCUUACCAGUUCCUCUUAGUCAGAACACUCAGUCCUCCCCCAUGUUCCUAGUUUUGUCAUCUCCUCAGGUGUCCUCAACUCAGAGUUCGUCCUCGCCUGGGCAGUUAUCUCAAAUUUCCUCUUCUUCCACUGUUGCACUUCCCUUAGCAACUUGUUCACUUGAUUUGGGAUCUACAUUAAGUUCACGUACGUCACAUCUCAGCCUCAGCACAGUUUCCUCUGCCACAGCUACAGACAUCUCAGGACUGAAUAACCCUUCUAAUCUUCCUGCUAGCCCUACCUCAUCAACUGCUUCCUCUAGCACUUCCACAGUGACCUCUACAAGUCCAACCAAGCAAUUCAGCACUGAUGCCUACUCCGACACACCAGUGCCCACUUCCUUUCGGGAAGCCCUUCUCAGAUUGGCUGUGUCUGUGGAGAAGAAACAAGAAAACCAGCCUGAGACACAUUCAGUCACUACUCCUUCAUGUUCUGAAGCCACCAAGCCGGAUUCCUCUGCCACAUUCCAUGAAAGUAAAAAUAAGGAGACAGAGGUAAACUGUGACGGUGAGACUGAGUCUACCUCGGUAGGCCAAACAGACUCAUUAGAUGCCACUUCUUCUACAUCACCCAUCCGUCCUGUAUCACCCGGAAUUCUAAUCAAUGACCCAAAGAAUGAAGCAUUAGACCCUCGUCGCAUUCUUUACUGUCCGUAUUGUCCGCGGGUCUUCUACUAUCUUUCGGACCUUGAGCGCCAUUCCAUCACACACUCCCAAAGCAAACCCCAUGUAUGUCACCUUUGUGGCAAGGCAUUCAAAAGAUCAAGCCAUCUUGAGCGACACAAACACAUCCAUACAGGUCAGAGGAACUUUGUGUGCCAGCUUUGCCCAAGACGUUUUCGUGAAUCAGGGGAACUAAUGAGGCACCAGAGAGUACACACCGGUGAGAAACCCUUUCAGUGCAUAAUAUGCCACAUGCGUUUUGCAGAGCGCAACACACUGCGACGUCACAUGAAGCGCAAGCACCAAGGCCAGCAGCUGGAGGCGAUGGACAUGAAGGCAAAGCCAGAAAGUGGAGGGAUUUCCCUUGCUGGUAUACAAGGAGAGCCAGAAGAGAAUGCGGAGUGGUACAGUUCAACAGUUCCUGAAAUGGAGUCUGACAGUGACACAGAGGGGGAAUGAGAACUACAUGGAAGGCACGAACGAAUAGAUUUUCAUUCUUUUCUUUAAGUUUUAAAAAGAUAAGCAAAGUUGUAAAUACAUUAAAUUUAUUUUGUAUUGAUAUAAUAAUUCCUUACUUCUCACUAGUUCCAUAUUAUUGUCUAUAUUUCAUUCCAUUAACUCUCGAGACCUUUACUGGUGAUGACUGAACUCUGCAAUAUUCAACUUCGGAUUCAUUCUAAUAAGCUUCAGUUAUUGAGUUAGACCUCUUGAUGAAAUACAUUUGUUUUGAUUCUUUACCUUGAAUAACUUUGAAUACCCUUAUUUGCUUUUUAUUUAUUGUUCUCAUUUCAGUUUUUCGCAUAUGCAGCAUCUUUCUUCAGGGGUGUGAUGUAGUUACUGUAAAAGAUUAAAAGGCUCAUUAUUGUUAUUUAUAAUUUUGUAUUAUGAGCUCUUGAAGUCAAGGAAUUGCCCAGAUCAGUGUAUCAGUAUAUCUAGGCCCAUUAAUGACUAGGCCCACACAAAAUUUGCAGCCACAAAACUCCACAGAAUUGGAACAUACAUCAUUCUCAAAGUUGUGCUACAAAUCUUCCACUCCUUUCAUUGUGAUACUCCACCUGACCUGAAGAGGACAGUUUGGGGUUGUGUCCUCUUUAAACUUUCAAACUUGCAUUGUACAAAUCUUCUGACCUGGCACAUCCAAUGUUGUCAUUUACACCUUUGUUUUCUGUUGUUUUUAUUGGCAUUCUUCAUCAUCUGGUUGUAGAGUUUGCAGGUUAACACAUUGUCUUGAUUGCAUAUGUUCUGUAGAAGACAAAAAACUAGAUUGCAUCUAGUUUUUCUCAUGACUCUGCUUUUUCAUUUCAGAACAUAUUCAGAUAUUAUGCAUUAUAAAACAUCUUGCACGGUGUUCAUUUCAGUUUCUCCCUCAUGGCUAAUUUUACAAAAGGGAGUAGUAUAGUCACCUUCAUAUUUUUCCUUUAAAAUACUCUGCUUUGUUCUUCUUUAAUAUUGAACUUGAACUAUUUGGUUUAUAAACCCUUUGCCUUCAAGGGCCUACUUCAAUUAUUAGCUUGAAAAUAUGCUUUUAUCUGCACAAAGAAGGUUUUACUUCUCUUGAUCGUUUAUCAGACAGCUGUUACAAAUCAUUGCAGAAAGUUUGAAUUAGAAUUUCAAGUAAAUUUGCACAUAUGUACUUUGUGAUAUAAAUUAAUUAUUUAAAAUAAGUUUUCACUGUCGUGGAUACAAUUGUCUGGUGCUCUUGCACAACUCAAAUUAAUCUUUAUGAUCUAACAUUUUAAGGUUUGAAUGUCUAAUUUAUUAGUUUCUUAAACUUCAGUUCUCCAAGUUAUGCAGCUUGAAAAAACCUUGCUUGGAAAAAAGGUUUAAAGGUUCAGACACUGCUGAUUAAUUCUGUUUAUGUAAUUUCCCAUGUAAAUAACCAAAUAUUGUGCACAGACUGGACACCUUGGGCUAAUCUAAAGUUCUGUUGGUUAAAUUUCAGAUUUUUAUUAAGAAUCUGAAUAUUUGCACACACUAAUUAAAGCUUGUCAAGCCCUUCUAUUUUCCAGUGGUUCUCAUACUUAAUUAACUUUGCUUUAGGCUCAGGCAGCACAUAUUCUGCAUGCAGUGGAAGUGUGUCCAGCUGCUGAAUGAUAUCACUAAAUUUGGUUUGCACACUUGUUUACAUAUUACUUCAUUCAUAUACAGAUUGGUUUAUUGUUUUUAUUAAGCUCAUUUUACAGUAGAUUUAAAACACAUUUUACAAAUUAAUGAUGAAUGCUCAGAAUGUGUUUUAGCUAACUAAAAAUAAUCUUGCACCAAUGAGAAUUAUUUAUUUAUGGUGGAAAUGUAUAUAUUUGAAAUGGUGUGCUCUGUCACAGAACACUUAUAUAUUUAAUACACAAUUUAAAAACAAGACUUCAGAUAUUUAA